GUUUUCUUCUUGUUCCGUAAUAGUGAACAGCUGAUAUUUGUCCACAACUUACUGCUAAAAUAUCAAAGAAGUGAAAAUAUUGAUUUUCAAGUUUUUCAAGAGCUUUCAGAUAUUUUUCUCGGAUAAAAAAACUUUCAUCGAAGUGAAAAUUUCAACUAUGACAACUGCUCCAUAUAGCUAUGGAUACAUCUUCAAGUAUAUCAUCAUAGGUGACAUGGGAGUUGGAAAAUCAUGUCUUCUUCAUCAAUUUACGGAGAAGAAGUUCAUGGCUUCAUGUCCACAUACAAUUGGUGUCGAGUUUGGUACGAGAAUCAUCGAAGUAGACAAACAAAAGAUUAAACUUCAGAUUUGGGAUACUGCUGGUCAGGAACGAUUCAGAGCUGUUACUCGCUCGUAUUAUCGUGGAGCUGCAGGAUGUUUGAUGGUUUACGACAUCACAAGACGUUCCACUUACAACCAUCUCAGCUCAUGGUUGACAGACACAAAAAAUCUAACAAAUCCAUCAACAGUGAUAUUCUUAAUUGGUAACAAGGGCGACUUAGAGUCGACACGUGAAGUCACAUACGAAGAAGCAAAAAAGUUUGCUGAUGAGAAUGGUCUGAUGUUUGCUGAAACCAGUGCGAUGACUGGGCAGAAUGUUGAAGAAGCUUUUCUUGAAACAGCAAGAAAAAUCUAUCAGAGUGUGCAAGAUGGUCGUCUGGAUUUGAAUUCAGCAGAAAGUGGAGUGCAACAGAAGCAGCCCCAAGAAGAAUUUGGUGAAACAUUAAUUGAAUCUUCAGCUGGAUUUGAUAAAACGGAAGGGCUGGCCAUUGUACAUGAUGUGACAAAAGGUGCGAUGGGAGAUUUGGCAGCACGAGUUGAUGAAAUUAAAGAUUCUGAUGAGAAUCUCGAUGUCGACUCUUCACAUAUUGUAUUUAAUAAGUUUGUACGAUCUGUGUUGACUGGUUUAUUAGAACGACUUAUAGAGAACAUGUUAAGCAGAAUAGUUAAUUUAAGUGCGAGAAAUGGCUUCAACUCAUCAAUUCGUAACAUGACAAGAAAAGUCAACUCGAAUAAAUUGACAUCUUAUAAGAAAUCAUUAAUUUUUUUGAGCAGUUUUGGAUCAUUGUCAUGUUAUGACUACUUUCUCAGAGAUGGGGAAUCUCUUGGUGCAGCUUUAAGGUUUUGUCGUAGUCUUAAAAUAGCUUUAACUAUUUCUUUAGAUUACAAUAUAGGACUCUAUGGGCUAGACGAAAAUUCAGAACAAUAUGACAAGACGAUCAAAGAAAUUCAUCAAAGAUCGGCAAAUCGUUUGUUGGAAGGAUGUCUACAUAAUGGCGGAUUAUACAUUAAAUUCGGUCAAGGAUUAUCAGCAAUCAACCACAUUUUGCCUGUGCAAUAUACAGAAACAUUGAAGCAGCUUGAAGACACUUGUUUGAAGCGGAAAAAAGGCGAAGUUGAUCAGGUUUUCAAGGAAGAUUUCGGAGAAACAGCUGACAAAAUAUUUGCUGAGUUCAAUUAUAAUCCAAUCGCAGCUGCUUCACUCGCUCAAGUGUUUCAGGCGAAGACUAAAAAUGGUGAAGACGUUGCAGUUAAAGUGCAAUAUAUCGACCUUCAGAAAAGAUUUCGAAGUGAUGUCUACACGAUUUUAUUCUUGCAAGAUAUGAUAGCUUUUGUUCAUAAGAAUUAUAAUUUCGGUUGGAUUCUUCGUGACUUACGUCGCAGCUUAGAAAUGGAAUUAGAUUUUGUUAAUGAAGCUAAAAAUGCAGAACGUUGUGCUCAAGAUUUGAAACAUUUCGAGUUCAUUCACAUUCCAAAAGUCUUCCAUGAACUCACAGGAACACGAAUUUUAACUGCCGAAUAUAUCAAAAAUGCUUGUAAAAUUAGCGACAUUGCAUCGCUUAAGAAAAUGAAAAUUAACAUCAAAGACAUUGAUAAGAAACUUUUCGAAGUGUUUGCUUAUCAAAUCUUCAACACCGGAUUUGUUCAUGCUGAUCCUCAUCCAGGCAAUGUUUUUGUGAGACGAGACAAACUUGGUGCUGUUCAAUUAGUGCUUUUAGAUCACGGACUUUAUGAAGAUGUUCCAAUGAAUAUAAGAAAUAAUUUGAGUCGAUUUUGGGAGGCGAUUGUGCUUCGUGAUUAUGAAAUGAUGAAAAUUUACAGUGAUAAGCUUCAAGUGUCGGAUCAUAAACGAUUUGCUGAGAUUCUUCUUCAGAAACCACUUGACGUUAACAAAUUUAGUUUCGCAACACGAUACACGGAAGAAGAAGUUUUGUUUAUGAAGAAACUUGCAUCGAAACAUUUUGAUAUCAUCAUGAAAGUGCUCAAAGAAAUGCCACGAACUUUAAUUUUUAUCGUCAGGAAUUUAAACAUCGUUAGAGCGAUCGCUAAAGAUCACGGAGAUCUUGUUGAUCGUCCAAAGAUUAUGGCACGUUGUGCGAUUUCAAAUCUCUUCAAAUCUGGUGGAAAUUUCCUCACAACAUUCACAAGAAAAAUUUACUUUGAAUUUCGCCUUUGGAAGCUUUUCAUGCAAUAUUGGAUGAUGAGAAAUUAUUUAAAACUUUUGGAAUUCGUUGGACGAGCUCCAGAAAACACUUCAGCGAUAUUGAAUUUUGAAUUUGAGGGAAACUAAAUUAGUUGAAGAGACAAAAUAUAUUUAAAAGAGGUUUAAACACUGAAAGAAAUUUUAUA